UGUUUUAUUAGGAAUUAGCAGAACUUCAUCAUGAGAAUGUUGUUGCUCUUCUUGACUGCAAAGAAACAUUACAUCAUGUUUAUCUUGUGAUGGAGUAUUGCAAUGGUGGAGAUUUAGCAGAUUAUUUACAUGCAAAAGGAACUUUGAGUGAGGAUACAAUUUGUUUGUUUUUAAAACAACUGGCUGGUGCUAUGAAGGCUUUGAAUGCAAAAGGAAUUGUCCACAGAGAUUUGAAACCACAAAAUAUUUUAUUAUGUUAUUCUGGAAAACCAAGUUCUUUACCAAGUGAUAUUACGUUGAAGAUAGCUGAUUUCGGAUUUGCUCGUUUUCUUCAGGAUGGUGUAAUGGCAGCUACAUUGUGUGGUUCCCCUAUGUAUAUGGCACCAGAAGUUAUAAUGUCUCUGCAAUAUGAUGCUAAAGCAGAUUUGUGGAGUAUUGGAACAAUUGUUUUCCAAUGUCUUACUGGAAAGGCUCCUUUUCAGGCACAAACUCCUCAAGCACUCAAACAAUUUUAUGAGAAAAAUUCAAAUUUGGUUCCCAGAAUACCUGCAGGAACAUCAUCAUCAUUAACAGAUUUGCUGUUGAGGUUGUUGAAGAGAAAUGCGAAAGAUCGAAUGGAAUUUGAUGAAUUUUUUAACCAUCCUUUCUUAAAAUUAACAACUAAAUUGAGCUCACCAGAACCUGUGCCCAAUUGUUAUAAUGCAUACACAGAUUCUCCACUUACAAGUUAUACAUCCAAUGGUUUACCAUUUUCAGGUACUAUUCCAUCAAAUUGGUCUCGAGAUAAUGAUUUAUCACAAUCAUCAACAACUAUUGGUAAACUAAAUAAUAAUGAGAAAAGUCCAUUAUCAUCUAUAGAUGAUCAGGAUUUUGUUAUUGUACCAUGUAGUCUUCCAGAUGAUUCAAUUGACAUCAACAAGAUGGGAAAAUCUACAAGUAGUAAAUGGCAGUCAUCUGAAAAUAACUCAUCAAAGAACGUACUUUCAAAUGGUGGUUUAAAUGAUGCUUCAGAUACUAUUUCUGCUCCAAGUAAUACAACAAAUAAUCACUUGAAGUUUUUUAUAAGACCAGAUACAUUGCCUGUGUCUGUAUCACCUAGUAAAGUGCAAUCAUCAUAUCCACGUUCAGAACCCAUUCCUGUUCCUUCACAAAGAGAAGCUUAUGAUCAAAUUCAACGCAGUUUACAAGAUUCAGGAUCAUCACUUAAAUCCCUAAGUGGAAAGUCACAAGCUACAUUUGACCCUCAAUUGAAUUCUCCUGUAUGCUCACCAGUAACAUCAAAACCUCCACUUUUGCACUCUGUAUCCAGUACAUCUUCAAAAUCUAAUGAAUCAAUAAAAAUUACAACAGAUGUUAGUAGUUUAACACCUCCUAGUGUUCAGUUUGCUAUUGGCACACCUCCAGGUGGAGGGCAAAGAAGAGGAACUAUUCCAUCAUAUGUUUCCAGAUUUUCAAAUCCCUCUUGGCGUCAAACUAUUAUGCCAUCAGGUAAUCCACUUUCACCAGUUAUUGGGUCUCCAAACAAAGAAUUUAUUAAAGAUGAUCCAAAUCUUUUAGAUUUGCAAUAUAAAACUGAAACUGUGUUAAAUGGCUUAGACACACAAAAAAAUGUGAAUUCUUUAUCUUAUUCAUUUCAUAUGUCAUUUAAUGGAAGGACAAUGACUUUACCUGAAAUUACUAAUAAAGAUUCUUGGAAAAAAGAAAGUAUUAAAGAUACCUCAGAAAACACAGAAUUGGAUCUUCAAAGACGUGGUAGUGCUGGAAAAUUAAAAUCUGUGACAGGGUCCUCAGAAGUAAAUCUUCCUUACAGCCAUUAUCAUUCACAUUGCUGGUUAGGAGGAAUUUGGGAUAAUAGACAUUCUUCCUGCGGAAAAGUUUAUCAAAGUGCAAAAUGUAAUGGAAUAAUUGAUCCGACGCCUCCUAGUCAUUCUUAUCUUUCAUUUGGUACCUCACCUCAAAAUCUUGAUAGUCAUAUGUUAUUUAUUGCUCCAGAAUUACCUGAAGAAACAUUAUUGGAGAAAGAACAUAAUGAAACAUUAGCAAAAUUAAAUUUUGUUCUUGCAUUGGUUGAUUGUAUUUUAGACUUGGCACGUUCUAGAUCAACUCCUAUUUCGGCUCUCACAGACUCCUAUGUUCGUAAAGAGAUUUUAUUAGAACAGUUCUCCAUUAUUAGUGAAGGCUGCAGACGGGCAGAACAAUUAGUUUUGUAUAUGCGAGCCCUUCAUUUGCUGUCCUCUUCCCUGCAAUUAUCGAGGGAAGAGGUUCAUGCAGGUCGUCUGCAGCCAUCAACAUCAGUUAAAAAUGUCUUGCAAAUCUUGAAAGAGCAUUUCCAUCAUUGUUUAACAAUGUGCAAAUCUUUAAAUACACAAAGUAUACUUCAUGCGUCUGGAGUAGAUCCAACAUCAUCAAAUAUCAGUGCUGAUCGUCUUAUUUAUAAUUAUGCCAUUGACAUGUGUCAGUCCGCAGCACUUGAAGAACUUUUCGGAAAUCCAGAAGAAUGUUUUCGUCGUUAUCAAACAGCCCAGAUACUAUUACAUAGCCUCGCCCAACAAGUAAUCUAUGAAAAUGAUAAAAAGCUCUUAGGAAAAUAUAAAAUGGCAGUUGAAAAACGACUCUACGUUCUUCAGAGUCAAGGAUAUAUCUAUGCUUACAAUACUAUCUAGUUUUUAUUUAAAUAAACUCACAAAUAUUUAAAAAAAUUAAGUUAUUUUCUUUUUAGUACAAAAACAUUUACAUGUUUUUAACAUGGUUAUCUGUACCAACAAAAUCAAAAGUUUAUUUUCCCAUUAUCACAUCCAGCAUUUUUUCCAUGUAAAAUAUAGUCACUUUAUAUACCAUUUUCAAAGAUUUGAAAAUUACAUAUAGGAGGAAAUAUAUUGUAAAUUUAGCUUCUAAUCUUUUGUAGUUUAUGUAAUAUGUGUAGAUUAUAAGAAAAACAAAAAUUAAUUAAUAUAAGUAUAGGAAUAGAAUGUUGAGAAAAUUAAAAAGAAAAAAAUAUUGUAAAUCUCUUUGAGAAAUAUGAUGAUUGUGCCUUGAUGGUUUAACCAUCUUUCUGAAUGAUUUGGCAAAGGAAGGAAACUAAUUUACUUUUAUCAAUAAUAAAUUUCUAUCAAUUCAAAAAAAAUUAAGCAGUAUCAUUUAUUUAAGAAUAAGAAUUUCAUAUCUCAAUACGGUUUAAAAUAACACAUUUUAUUUAUAAUAUAUUUAAAUUUUUUUUAUUGACCAGUUGUGUAAUUGAUACUUAAAAUUCUUUCUUCUAUUUUUAGUGAUUUGUUUAUAUAUAUAUAUAUAAUGUUAUAUUUAUAAGAUAUUUAAUUUAUAAUUGUACAGAAAUAUUUACAAAUGUAUAAUUGAUAAAAUAUUUUAUUUGUAUGUAUGCAUUUAAACAGUGAUUGUGAUGCAUUUAUCUAUAUUGUCUUUGGAAGAAAAUUGUAUAUCUUCUAUCAGUAUCUCUGUAUUUUUCUUAACUCAAACUUAAUAAACAGCAUAAUGGAUGAAAAGGUUAUAAAAAAAAAUAAAUACCAAGUAUAAAUGU